AUGCAGGCGGCAGAAUCAGGAAAUUUGGAUGAGUUUAAGCGUCUAUAUCAAGCGGAUAAUGGUCGUUUGUCUAUAAAAGAUGGCAAGGGACGAACAGCUGCGCAUCAAGCAGCAGCACGAAAUCGUGUGAAUAUAUUGCGAUACAUAAAUGAUCAGCAUGGAAAUUUUAACGCAAAGGAUAAUGCAGGAAAUACUCCACUACAUGCGGCAGUCGAGAACGAUUCGUAUGAAGCGCUUAGUUAUUUGCUAUCCCUUCCCGUCGAUACUAGUUUACUCAACGAGAAGAAGCAAGCCCCGGUACAUUUGGCAACCGAAUUGAAUAAGGUACAUGCGCUACGGGUAAUGGGUAAUUACCGUAAAGUAAUCGAUAUACAACAGGGUGGUGAGCAUGGACGCACAGCACUGCAUUUGGCCGCCAUUUAUGAUCAUGAGGAGUGCGCUAGGAUAUUGUGGGGUGAACAACGUGGCUGCCCGCGCGAAGAAAUGAUAUCCUUUUACGAUUCCGAGGGCAAUGUGCCGCUACACUCGGCCGUCCAUGGUGGUGACAUUAAAGCGGUAGAAUUGUGUCUGAAGUCGGGCGCGAAAAUCUCUACACAGCAACAUGAUCUCUCAACGCCAGUGCAUUUGGCGUGCGCACAGGGAGCCAUUGAAAUCGUCCAGCUCAUGUUCAGCAUGCAACCAUCGGAGAAGCUCACUUGCCUCAGUUGCACCGAUGUGCAAAAGAUGACGCCCCUUCACUGCGCCGCCAUGUUCGAUCACCCGGACAUUGUUGAGUAUCUGGUGACGGAGGGUGCUGACAUAAACGCGCUAGACAAGGAACAUCGCUCACCGAUCUUGCUGGCAGCAUCGCGUAGUGGCUGGAAAACUGUGCAUCUGCUUAUACGUCUUGGUGCUAGCAUCAAUGUAAAGGAUGCAUCGUCACGUAAUGUUUUGCAUUUUGUGAUUAUGAAUGGUGGCCGUUUGCCGGAAUUUGCCGAAGAGGUGAACAAAAAGCAAUCGCAUUCUCAACUAUUGCAGUUGCUUAACGAAAAGGACGCAUCUGGCUGCUCUCCAUUACACUACGCCAGCCGUGAUGGUCACAUACGCUCGCUAGAGAAUCUUAUACGGUUGGGCGCUUGCAUUAACCUCAAAAAUAACAACAACGAAAGUCCAUUACACUUUGCUGCUCGCUAUGGUCGCUUUAAUACCGUUAAACAGCUGCUCGAUUCGGAGAAGGGCUCUUUUAUAAUCAACGAAAGUGAUGGCGAAGGACUCACACCGCUACAUAUCGCCUCGCAUCAGGGUCACACGCGUGUGGUACAGUUAUUGCUGAAUAGAGGCGCGCUUUUGCAUCGAGAUCAUAAUGGACGUAAUCCUCUACAUUUGGCCGCAAUGUCGGGCUACACACAGACCAUUGAGUUGUUGCAUUCCGUGCACUCACAUCUGCUCGAUCAGGUGGACAAGGAUGGAAAUACCGCCCUACAUCUGGCAACCAUGGAGAAUAAACCGCAUGCCAUAUCGGUGCUGCUUUCGAUGGGAUGCAAACUAUUUUACAACUAUAUGGAUAUGAGUGCCAUCGAUUAUGCUAUCUACUACAAAUAUCCCGAAUCCGCACUCGCCAUGGUCACACAUGAGGAACGCGCUAACGAGGUAAUGGCAUUGCGUUCCGACAAAUAUCCUUGCGUUAUACUGGCAUUAAUUGCUUCAAUGCCCAAAGUGUUCGAGGCUGUGUUGGAUAAGUGCAUAACCAAAGCGAACUGCAAACGCGAUUCAAAGAGCUUUUACAUUAAGUACUCGUUUUCCUUUCUGCAAUGCCCAUUCAUGUACGCGAAAUUGGAUGAGAAAACCGGUGAAUCGAUAGUUCAUUCGAAUCCGACACCGUUGCCGGCGUUAAACACGAUGGUGACCCAUGGACGUGUCGAGCUGCUCGCCCAUCCACUCAGUCAAAAGUAUUUACAAAUGAAAUGGAAUUCAUACGGCAAAUAUUUUCAUCUUGCCAACUUGCUGAUCUAUUCCAUAUUCCUGCUGUUUGUCACCGUUUUUUCAUCGCUGAUGAUGAACGGCAUCGAAAUUCGCCCUUUGUCGAUAAAUUCGUCCAUUGUGGACAACUGGAAUGUUUCGCUGACGAAUGACACGAUUUUAGAUGACCAGAAGAAUCUCAGCAACACCGAUUGGUCACAAAAUCCAGCCGGUGGUGGAGAAUCUUUUGCUAUGAAAUAUGGCGAGACCUAUGAGUGCCUACAUCAUUCCACCGCCUUGGUAUUCUGCGCUAUAGCUAUCGUCGUUUAUAUAGCCUGCAAUUCUUUGCGUGAAAUUUUACAAAUGUACCAACAACGGUUACACUAUAUCUUCGAAAUAGUCAAUUUAAUAUCUUGGGUUCUACAUAUAUCCGCCUUGAUCAUGGUGUGGCCUGUAUUUUGUUCGGAUGGCAAUAUAUCGACUGUGCACUACUCGGCUGCGGCGGUAGCGGUAUUUUUAUCAUGGUUCCGUCUACUCCUCUUUCUACAGCGUUUCGAUCAAGUUGGCAUAUACGUUGUAAUGUUUUUGGAGAUACUACAAACUCUGAUAAAAGUAUUGAUCGUAUUUUCGAUACUUAUCAUCGCAUUCGGCUUGGCAUUUUACAUUCUUCUAUCGAAGUGUGGUAUUUAUGCCGUUUCACAGAUUAACGACGCUCAACCGAAUCAUUUAUCAUUCUCUAAUAUACCGAUGUCGCUGUUGCGCACUUUUUCAAUGAUGUUAGGCGAACUCGACUUUGUUGGUACUUACGUCAACACCUACUACCGUGAUCAGCUGAAAGUACCAAUAACAUCAUUCCUGAUUUUAAGUGUAUUCAUGAUUCUUAUGCCGAUUCUGCUAAUGAAUCUACUCAUCGGUUUGGCGGUUGGCGAUAUUGAGUCUGUCAGGCGUAAUGCUCAGUUGAAGCGUUUAGCUAUGCAGGUGGUUUUGCAUACUGAACUGGAGCGUAAAUUGCCCCACAUGUGGCUACAGAAGAUCGAUAAAAUGGAGCUGAUCGAAUAUCCUAAUGAUACGAAGUGCAAAAUCGGUUUCCUCGAUUUUAUUUUGCGUAAAUGGUUCUCAAAUCCAUUCAGUGAGGAUACUUCUUUGGACACAAUCGCAUUUGAAAGCAACGAUGAUUUCAUAAAUAGUGAGCUGGAGCGUCAGCGGCGUAAGUUGCGGGAUAUCACCCGUCUAUUGGACCAACAACAUCAGCUUUUGCGAUUGAUAGUGCAGAAAAUGGAAAUCAAAACCGAGGCUGACGACGUGGAUGAAGGUGUAUCACCAUACGAUCUAAGAGCCGUAUCGAAUUAUGGCAACGGGCCGGCAGCUGGGUCACGUUGGACCUCACCACGAAUACGCAAUCGCUUACGAGCUGCGCUCAGUUUCAAUAAAAGUCUAUGAAGAGAUAGAUACGCUGACUUAAUUAGUUGAAGACAAAAUAUAAAAUAAAUAUUAUGCAAAUAUGUAUUUACAAAUGAUAUUUGCUUUACUUACUCGUACAUAUGUACAUAUGUAUGUAUGUUUGUACAUGCAUAAAUUGUUUUAAGCAGAGACCAUAACGGUUAUGACUUUAUAAUAAAAAAUUAUAAAUUAAAUGUUAAAAUUGGAUUUUUAUUUUUCCGAUCCAA